UUUCGUCGUGAUAAGUAUCCAACUUCCUGUUUCUGAAAUAUACACUUGUCGCCGCAGAAAUAUGACAAGCCUCUAGCCUCGUUUUAAAUUCAUAACACUAUAUUAUGUAUAUGAGUUAUCACUUUAAGGGUUGAGUUUUUCAAAUUGCUUCCUUCUGGUGUUCAAUACUUUUUAUGUCUCGAAAAUGGAAAACCAUCAAGAAGACAGUGAAACUUCGCUACUUCCCCCUCGUUCUCGUUCCGCAGAACAAGAGAGGUCGAGCCCAGAAACCAACUUAGAUUCUCAUCACUGUUCCUCUGUUCCCACGUAUCUUCCCCACACGGAGCACAGAGAACAAAGAAACCCCAUAGAAUCAUGCCAGCAGCAGCCACAGGUUUCGCCUAUACCAGCUCUACCCCAGGUCUCGCCUAUACCAGCUCUUAUCUCGGAAAAGCAAAGGUCUCCAAUCGAUACGACCGAAGAUACAACCUCCCAGAUACAACAAACAGAGGGGUUCUCCCAACGGCCCCAAAUCCCACCACUAAUACCCACGGAAUCACUACAUCGGAAUGAAAAUCAAACGUCCAUGGCCGAUUCCACUACGACCCCAACAUCAAAUAAUGAUGGAAGCCCUACAAGUGCUAUUAAUAUAACAGACAGACGAGAAGCUCACCAGACAAGCUCCAAUGCAAUAAUUGGUGGCGUGGAUAACUUAGUGACACAAAGUGUACCCAUUCCCAUUCCAAGUACAAUAGGGAACAUCACCACCACUGUUACUGAAAGUGCAAACCUAGAGGAUUUUUCCACCCGUUCCAUUAAAAGUGAACCAGGGGUAGCGUCAGAACCUACUUGUUCAAUAUGGGGAACAUCAAACUACCAGACGGCCAGUAUCGAUUCCACCGAACUCGCUAACAUGCAGCAAUAUCUUCAGUACCCGACUUAUAACAGAUAUGACCCAUCAGGCCAACAGAACUUUGACAGUGCUGCUAGGUGCUCUAGUCAAGACGGAGUAACCACAAAUAAUGCAGAGGACCCAAUGUUGUCCCGAGAUGUUGGUGCCGACAUGGACGAUAUAAAUAACCCAUUCUACACAGUUCCUGCGUACUCAAACAUGUUUAUUAACCAGCAGCCAGCUUAUUCGGCUAUCCCAUACGGAGACACUUCCCAAAAACAUGUGCAGAGCUCACAAUUACCUCCAUACUUUGAAAAUGUGAAAAAAGCCUGUGAUGUAACCUCAAAGGCCGUCAAUGAAGACCACGUGUCGUCAUGUAGACCCAAACUGGAACAUGACACAGAUGGAAUCAAUAUUCAGCCCAAGAAAGUGAUAGUUCCGGCAGAUCCCCAAACAUGGUCGGAGGGGGACGUGCACCAGUGGCUAGAAUGGGCCCGGAAUGAGUACAAGCUCCGGGACUUGGAUGUCAUUCGUUACCAGCGCAUUGACGGUCGACAUCUCUGUAACAUGACUAAAGACCAGUUCUCCCAUCUAUUCGGUCCAGUCAACGCCGAAAGUCUCUACACUCAUCUUAACUUUCUCCGACACGGUCCAGCACAGGUUACCUCCCCUACAUGUAUCGGCCCCUCUGUGACUUCCUAUGUUCACGGGUCUGGAGGCUCCAUAAAACAGAACGCGGAUCCAGGUUUCACGAAAUCAGCCUGGUCUCCCCAGCCCAGCCAAUCUUCACAAGAUCCAUAUACUAUAUUAGGACCAUUGGUUGGGAGGCUAUCCAGCACAGGAAGUGGGCAGAUUCAGUUGUGGCAGUUUCUUUUGGAGCUGCUGUCUGACAGAAGGAAUGGCUCAUGCAUCACAUGGGAGGGAAGUAACGGCGAAUUUAAACUGGUGGACCCGGAUGAAGUGGCCCGCCGAUGGGGAGAGAGGAAGUCCAAACCUAACAUGAACUAUGACAAACUCAGCAGAGCACUGAGAUAUUACUACGACAAAAACAUAAUGACGAAAGUUCACGGCAAACGCUACGCUUACAAAUUUGACUUCGUAGGCCUCACACAGGCCAUGCAGCCCUCAACGCCUGAAUCGAAUGCCUACCGAUAUCAACACGAGAUGUUUAGCAUGUCGGGGUAUCCCGCUACUAGACUGAACUAUUUACCACAUGCACCGAUGCCAACGACUACGGCGGGUUUUCUUACCCCUCCAGCUCCCUAUUGGUCCACAUCCACCAAUAACAUUUUCCCCAACACGUUGAAUCACGUGAUGCCGGGACAUCCGGGGGCUUUGCCAUCCCACAUGAGCACGUUUUACUCAUGAUUCAAGUUAUCUUAUAACAAACACACAAUCUGCAUUGUUUGUUGUUCGAUUCAUGAAAUCAAUUUUACAUUCCUUAAUUUAUGAAUUUUUUCUUUCUGGAUCACGUCGAUCCAUUUUAUUUGGAUCAUUGAGAAUGUGGUGUACUUGCCAGAAUAUUUUGGUAUACAAUUUGGCUGUAACUUGCUGCAUGCCAUAUAAGACAAAAUAAUUUUCAAAUCCAAAAAUAUUCGUUAAUGUUUUCCUCUAUAUUUUCCAUUCCGUGUACUUUAUGUGUUGGAAUUCAAACAUACAUGACAUUCCUUUUUGUUACACAACGACUUCAUGUUUUUUUAAUUUUUGUUCAGAUCUGUAGAUUAUAUCGGAACUGUUUAUUCAUUCCUCUUUAUUUCAAAGUUCUAUGUCGUCAAAGUCUUACGCAGGGGUUUGGGGAGACCACGUACAAGAUGGUCAAAACUUGUGGAAAUCCAGCAGAAAUAGCCGGUCUUUUGACAUGAUUACAAGGAUACAUGAUAACUAGGCCACGAGACCUUUACAUAGAUUUCUGGGCCAGGAGACAUUUACAUGCAUUUCUGGGCCAGGAGACAUUUACAUACAAUUUCCCUCUGUUGAUGUGAUCUCAGAUCGUGUAUUGUUAACUUAUCUAGAGACUGUCCAUGGAAAAUCAGGCAGAGGUUGGGAUAUAAAGUUUGGGGCCCUUAUAAUACCUGAAACACUUCUAUGAGUUUCGAUUUUUGAAAUUCGCGUAUUAAUUCUUUGCAAAUUUGCCCGAUGGUGUAUUUCGACCACAAGAUUUGUUGCUUCCAUACUCAUACAUGUAUGGUGUUGAAAACUAUGGUAAUGAAAGUUAAGAUAUAAGAAUAGUAUAAAGGGCCGAUAACUCUUAUCGCUUAACUGAUAACCUCAUCAUUACUGUUGAAAAAUCAGGAACAAAACAGGUAGUGGAAAUUGUCAAUGUCACCUAUAUUCAGAAAAACUCCUGAUUUUCUACGGACAGCUACCUAGACGAAGAAUUUUGCUGAAAAUUGUUGAUGUCAUGUGUCAUGUAAUUCGUUGAAAAUAAAUGUUGGAUUGAAAAAUAA